UGUACUUGUAUUUUUUUUCGUGUGCCUAUACAACAUCGCCUGUACGUGACAAACGUGUGUUGUGUGUUAUAAAAUUUAUAUAUUUUUUUUUAUUAUUCCAAAGAACUAUUUACGCGAAAAACUUUGUUAUUUUGGUGUUAAAAGCAAAAACAGAAGCAAUAAAACAGUGGCUUUGUGUCUCGCAACGUGAAAUACGGAAAUUCUGGCCAUGGAGUUGGCCCGGAAAAAGUGCAAAAGAGUCUUGAUAGUUUUUUUAAUUGUGGUAACAUCAUGUUUCGUCGUCGAUACAGCAGCAGCAGUAAAAGAAAAGAAAGUGUAUGUGAGAAAAUGCUGUCGCAUCGGCGAAUACUUUGACGCAAAGACUUACGGAUGUCUCCCAAGCCUGGAUGGCGACCCAAAAAAAAUUCACUUACCCAAAAUUUACUUGAUCCAGAGGAAAGAUCUCUGGAAUAACUCCGAAACGCUCCCGAAGCACAUGACGCUGCUCGAAGAUGAACGUCCCGCAACGUGCCACACUCCCAUCGUCUUGUCCAAAGAUUAUCUCCUUCUGUCAAACGGUUCCUUGGCUCUUCAUUCGCUCAAUGCCUGGAUCCAGCCCGAAGAUUUCUGCGUCGAUCGCGAUUUGGCGCUCGUUUGUACGCGCGAAGCGAAAGAUCCGGCAAAUUUGUCGCGCAAACCGCGAACUGACGCCUUACGAAAAUGCUGCGCUCCGAACAUGGUGUACGUGAGCAUGAAUAAAACGUGCGCCUUUUUGCCGGAUGUCAAACCGAUGGUCUUCGAAAGUGACAUGUAUGACCUCAUCUACACAUUUCCCGAGUGCACGGAGAACAUCUACGCGAUUAUCGGCGAAUUUGACGGCAGAAAUUUAAUUAAUAACACGAAGCUGGGGUACAAAAUUCAUGGCGAUCAGAUACUCACGUCGCAACAAUUUUGCGUGGAAAGUACGUACCAAGACGCAGUUUUGCAGAAAAAUCAUCUUUUUACGUGUUCGGAGCAUGUUUCUGUCGCGCUCGAGGAGAAAACCAUGGAUGACAUGCAAACAAGAUUUGCGAUUUAUUCUGUGGGGCUUUUCAUAUCGGCGGGAUUUUUGGCGGCAACGUUGAUUAUUGGAUUUUUGACUCCGAGCAAUCAUCACAUAAUGCAUUGGAAGUGUCAAACGUAUUACAUCGCGUGUUUGUUGGUUGGAGAAAUUCUGUUGGCAGCAACGCAAUUGAUGAAAAGCGGUACCGGAGGCUGGGGAUGCUUCACGAUGGCGAUUUGCAUGCACUUUUUCUUCUUGGCGGCGUUUUUCUGGCUGAAUACGAUGUGUUUUAAUAUUUGGUGGACCUUCAGGGAUCUCCGUCCUACAAGCAUGGAACGACGACAGGAAAACUUCCGUUUGCACCUUUACAACAUCUACGCAUGGGGAUUUCCGACAAUAAUUACCGGAAUCGGGCUCAUUCUUGACUCGUUAAAAGCCAACAACGUCAUCCGUCCUCAUUUCGCCGAGCAAAAAUGUUGGUUCUCGGGCGAAUCCGAGAUUUUCGUCUACUUUUUCCUACCGAUCGGUAUUCUACUUUGCAUUAAUUUGCUCCUUUUUGCCAUAACAACGCGACAACUCACCUGCGGAUUGUGGAAACGCGAUGAUGUCAAGUCAACUACCGAACGUGCAGCUUUAGGACGAGUUUGCAUGAAGCUCGUUAUCGUUAUGGGCAUCACGUGGAUCGCUGACGUGCUUUCGUGGGCAAUCGGAGGUCCGCAUCACAUUUGGUACGUCACGGAUAUCAUCAAUGCGCUACAAGGCGUUUUUAUUUUCAUCGUUGUAGCGAGUCAACCACAAGUACAAAUCGCUCUUCGACGCCUCUGUUGCGCCAAAUCCCGCAAAGCAGCUACAAAUACCACCAAUGGACCGCAACACAGCUCCUCAAGUCAUGGACUGCCAUCCGUUAACGAGGCUUCCACACAACACACAAACACAAAUUCAAAAGUACCUAACGAGACUGCUUGUUAAGAAAAAUAGAAUGAAAAAAAAACACAAAGGAAGACAAAGAGAAGUUCUUCUCAAGCAAAAUUACGCACAAACGGACUUUUAAAAGGUAUUCCAUAAGUAUACAUUAUAAAAUUAAUCCAAAAAUAUUCCCCAAAAAAAUGCUCCAGUUUUACUUUCAAUCCUCCUUUCUUUAAUUUUUUGUAGUAGAAUCCUUAAGUUAUAAACACUGCCAAAUAACUUAGCCUUAAAAAAAAUGAAAGCAGCUAAAAAUGUGAAUUAAAAAAAAUAUUGAUUGAUUGUAAAUCAUGAAAAACAACAAAAAAAAAUUUAGUUGAUAAGAAAUGAUCCAAAAAAAAAAAAAUCUCGAAAUAUUAACUGGCUCAGAGCUUCAAAUUGAAAAAGUAAACAUAUGGACUUACAAAAAAAAUAAACAUAACAAGUACUCGAAUGUUUGAUAUUUAUAUUUUAAUAGCUUUGUAAGACGAAUGCGCUCAAUGUGGCAGCUUUUCUGAAUCAAAUUAAUGUUAAAAAAAAUAUUUAUUUAGGCUUUUUAUAUAAAAAUAAUUAAUUAAUUAAUAAUUAAUUAAAUUAAAUGAUAUUUAUAAUAUUUUUGAAGCAAAAAAC